UGUCCCGCAUUGCGUCACGAGUGCGUCUCGCAGGCCGCUCUUUCCCCGCCCACUCCGGCGCGGUUCCGUCUUUCCGGACCUGGCUGAGCAGGAGGCGCCAUCAUGGGUGUUGACAUUCGCCACAACAAGGACCGAAAGGUUCGGCGCAAGGAGCCCAAGAGCCAGGACAUCUACCUGCGGCUGCUUGUCAAGCUGUACAGGUUUUUGGCCAGAAGGACCAACUCCACCUUCAAUCAGGUUGUGCUGAAGAGGUUGUUCAUGAGCCGAACCAACCGGCCACCUCUGUCCCUGUCCCGGAUGAUACGAAAGAUGAAGCUUCCUGGCCGGGAGAACAAGACUGCUGUGGUUGUGGGGACGGUCACAGAUGAUGUGCGGAUUCUGGAAGUUCCCAAGCUGAAGGUGUGUGCACUGCGGGUGAGCAGCAGGGCCCGGAGUCGCAUCCUCAAGGCUGGGGGGAAGAUCCUCACCUUUGACCAGCUGGCCCUGGAGUCUCCCAAGGGCCGGGGCACUGUGCUCCUGUCUGGUCCUCGGAAGGGCCGAGAGGUGUACCGACAUUUUGGCAAGGCCCCAGGAACCCCACACAGCCAUACCAAACCCUAUGUCCGUUCCAAGGGCCGGAAGUUUGAGCGCGCCAGAGGCCGAAGGGCCAGCAGAGGCUACAAAAACUAACCCUGGAUCUUACUGUUAAUUAAAAAAGCAUUGGAUGAUGA